AUGGCCAUCGAGGUCGCCGACGGUACCACCCAUCCAAUACCAUCUACCACUCAUCCACCAUCAUCUACCACCCAUCCACCACCAUCUACCAUCAUCUACCACUCAUCCACCACCCAUCUACCACCAUCCACCACCAUCUACCAUCCAUCCACCAACAUCUUCUCAUCCACCAGCAUCUACCACCCAUUCACCACCAUCUACCACUUAUCCACCAUCAUCUACCACCCAUCCACCACCAUCUACUCAUCCACCAUCAUCUACCACCAUCCACCACCAUCUACUCAUCCACCAUCAUCAACACUCAUCCACCACCCAUCUACCACCAUCCACCACCAUCUACCACUCAUCCACCAUCAUCUACCAACCAUUCAACACCAUCUACCACUUAUCCACCAACAUCUACCACCCAUCCACCACCAUCUACCACCCAUCCACCACCCAUCUACCACCAUCCACCAAUUUAUCACUCAUCCACCACCCAUCCAUCACCAUCUACCACUCAUCCACAACCAUAUACUCAUCCACCAUCAUCUACCACCCAUUCACCACCAUCUAUCACUUAUCCACCAACAUCUACCACCCAUCAACCACCAUAUACUCAUCCACCAUCAUCUACCACCCAUUCACCACCAUCUACCACCCAUCCACCACCCAUCUACCACCAUCCACCAAUUUAUCACUCAUCCACCACCCAUCCAUCACCAUCUACCACUCAUCCACAACCAUAAUUCAUCCACCAUCAUCUACCACCCAUUCACCACCAUCUAUCACUUAUCCACCAACAUCUACCACCCAUCAACCACCAUAUACUCAUCCACCACCAUAUACUCAUCCACCACCAUCCACCACUCAUCCAUCACCAUCUACCACUCAUCCACCACCAUAUACUCAUCCACCAUCUUCUACCACCCAUUCACUACCAUCUACCACCCAUUCACUACAAUAUACCACUUAUCCACCAACAUCUACCACACAUCCACCACCAUCUCCUAG